AUGAACGGUCCCUAUCAAUUCAUAAACCAGACUGCCGUAACGAACGCCAUGGCUUCUGGCCAGAAUAUCGACUGGGCUAGCUUGGCACAGCAAUGGAUAAAAAUGCGAGAUAGUGCACCAUCGGCAGGCGUUGAAGCAAAUGACUUUUCCAUAGCUACAGCACGAUAUGAGGAAGAGAAGGGGGAGGCUGAUAUGGAUAUGGACGACGAGGAACAUUUAGAAAAGGAUCCACAAUGCAGGACUGUUGGCGAUACAAUUAUGCAACAAGGGACAAUAGCUGAUCCUUCUUCCUCACAAUGGUACGCGGAUAAAACGAAUGCAACAGAAUCAGUUGGAAUUGACUAUGGAGUCAUAUCUCAAAACCAGUGGGGCAAGUGGAAUAAUCCACUUACUCCUAGAAAUGCAACCUCUAGACGACCAAUUAACCCAUCGGUGCAGGUACCUUCGUUGUUGAAAAUUAAUGUUCCUCAUACGAAUGAAGUGCGGGCAAUACCAGAUGUACCAAGUGAUUCGGCCAGCACAUCCAAUGUAAUGGAAGCGGCGAAAAGAAAAGGACUACCAGCGUGGAUAAGGGAAGGUCUGGAGAAAAUGGAAAGAGAAAAACAGAAACAACAGGGGAAACAUCAAACGACAGAAACUGAACAAGUUCUUAGUGGAGCGGUUGCUUUGGCAAAACCGGCAACGUUAAGGGAAUUAGAGACAGAUUUUGUAGUGAGAAAACAAUCGGAAGGUGAAUAUGAUGGGCAAGACGAUAGAGCUUUAGAUGGAAAUAUUCUAGAAAAAGGGCCUCACAAAGAAAGUUCAAAGGAAAGCGCGGACGUAAUAGAAGUAAGUGCAGAAAGUUACGAACAAAAAUUAGAAAGAAUGAUGGUCCUCGUACGUCACACACUUACUGAGCUAUUGUUAGAAGUUACAAACGAAGAAAUUUCAAAGUUAGCGAACGAAACCUUGAAAAGCUCCAAGUUGAAAGCAUCGUCGGCACUAGUGGUCCACAAUAGCGCUUUAUCUACUAUAACUGGCAAAUUAGGAUUAGCAGUGUACGGUCAUAGCUCGAGUGAAGAUAGUAGUGACGAUGAUGACAACGCGUCCGACUCCAAGAGAACCCUUACUUCGGAUGACAAUGAUUCAGAAGAAGACAUCAAGGCAUCACUUCGUCAAAAGAAACGGGCUUUUCAAAAAGUGGCAAACGAAAUAGAGGAUCGUGUAUCUGCUGCCGCUGCUAGAGAGGCUGAAAAACUAAAACAAUAUACAACUCGUACUAUUGAAGCCGAAGAGAUUCCUAAGAAAAUUGACAAAAAUGUCGUUUUGGAAAAAAAUGAAAUGGUAACAUGCGAAUCUGUAGCCGGUAGUAGCAGUAAAAGUAUUGGUAAUAUUAUUGAUGAAUCUGGUGAGGCAACAGAAACAAAGUUACAAAACAUAAACGGUAAACGACACAGGGAUAGAGGAGCACUAAAAGAACGUACAUCACGAUUUAGCGACAACAGAGAUAACAAAUAUUUAACGAUGUCGGCCACGGUCACAUGUGUCUCAGAGGCACAAUCAAAACCGAGUAUAUGCAACAGUGCAACCUCCUAUGCUACUGUCAACCAGAACUUAGCUCUGUACAACAUUAAUACAUCAGUGUCAAAACAGACUUGCCUAAGUAGUGUUGCGAACAAUGUAAAUACAACGGUAUUGGAAGGUAGUUGUAGGCAAAGUAGGGCAGCCAGUCAAGACCAAGAAAGCGACCAGAGCGAGAAAUAUGCAAAACGAAAGUAUAAAUAUUCCGAUAAAAAAUGUUCUCGUUCAGUUUCUCGGUCCCGGUCUCGAUCAUCGUCACGUUCUUCUACAUCGUCCUCUUCAAGUUCAGAAGCAUCAACGACGACUUCUUCUGAUGAUUCGAAAAACAGCCGACAUUCGCAUUCAAGGUAUUCAACUUCUAAAAAACGGAGAUAUCGCCAUAACCAUAGGGAGAAGUCAUAUUAUUCAUUAUAUGAAAAAAAUCGCAAAUCUUCUAGUCGGCGUCGUCACGAGUCCGACUCCAAUGAUGAAGACGAAUACAGCAACAGACGCAAGACAAGCUCCCGAAAUUACUCUUCUUCCCACUCCCGCAGUCACAAUUCUUCUCGAAGUGACCGAGACUCUUCACGAUCUCGUUCUAAAUCUUAUUAUUCCUCUUCGCGUAGACACUAA